CAUUUUUUUUACUUAUUUUGCUACAAUCGUCUUCUGCACUCGAAGAGAUUUCGAUCGAUUUGUGAGUUAUCAGCUGGGGAGACAGAAAAAGGGGAGCUUAUUAAGGGCUAUAAUAAAAAUGGCCACCCGAUACAGAAGUUUCAACCCCUCAGGGCCAUUGUACCUGACCGCUGUUGAUUGGAGAAACCCAGACCACCGUAGAUCCGCUGCUGCUAGCUUGGUUCAGGGAGUGUACAGUCAAGAACAUGACCGCCAAGGCCAUCAAGCACUUGCUCCUCCCUGGUGGGACUUCUUCAAUUUUCGGUUAUUCCGCGUGUUGGUUGACAACGAUGAUCGCUCGAUCUUUGGUGCCAUUUACGAGUUCAAAUCCCCACCUCCCAGCGGUCACCACAAUCCACUCCACAUCCCUCCAAGAUACGUGGUUGCCUUCCGUGGCACGAUGACCGGAUGGGAGACCAUGUCACAGGACCUCACGUUGGAUCUCAAGGUCAUUCGGAAUACGCUGGAAGACUUCAACCCUCCGUUCAUAUCCGUCCCAAUAGAGAUGAUGACCAAAACCGAAAUAUUGAAGAAGGGGAUUCGGAUCUUGCGCAGUGUUACGACAGCUGGAGUUACAACUGCUCUAAACACUCUACGUCAAAGGCCUCAAACAGGUGACUGGUUUGCUGCAUUAUCGCGGUGGAUUCCGUACCUUUUUGUGAAUCUGUCCGAUCCUAUUUCUGCAGAGUAUGUUGGGUAUUUUAAACACAGGGAGUGGAUGGAGGCGAAUGGAGCCGGAGCUAUUGAAAGGAUUUCUACAAGGAAUACAAUAUCAGGUGCAAUUGAAUCAUUGCAUCUCCUUCCUUCAGCGUAUGUGACUAUUUAUGGGAGCCCCGUUCAGGGUCUUGGGCAGGCGCAUGGGCUAGACCAAUGGUGGAAUCCGAAUAUUCAAUGCUGGUCCAAGCUUCACCGGCUGAUAGGUAAUUGAUGAUUAUAGACUUAUUCACGAAGCUGCUGUAGACAGGCUCUGUGAAAAAAAAUUUCUUUUUGUAUGUGAUAAUUUCUUC